AUGAUCAGGUCCAGUAUUCCCAGCCUACUGGAGGAGGGGCAGAAAGUAGCACAGGAUCAAUGUCCACCGACUACUUUUUAUAAGAACUGCUGGAUUCGCCGUUUCCCUGGGAUUUGUAUUGAUGUAAUUGAGUCUCAAUGGAAAGGCGCUCAACUCCUGAAGUUUUACCACGAAGAUACUGCACAGAUGUGCAGUAGGACAUGUUGCCUUGCUAGAAAUGUGUCCUGUAACCUGGCAGUCUUUCAUUAUGAGACCACUCAGAACAGUGUUAACUGCUUUCACUUACACUGCCCAACCCUGGAGAGCUGUGCACGCAGCCAGAGACGCAAUACCAUUCUUUACAACAUUACCAAAGGUAUUGACCCAGACCUACUUGUAUUUGGAAAAUACCCCACCUCAAGUCUUUGCCUGUGGACCAACCUGUCGUCUUCAAGAUUCAACAGCUCUGAUUCCUUCUCUUCUGACAAGAGGCAGUUCCACCGGCUGCCAUCCUCCUCCAACCCUGCACAGACCUCCCCUCCAAGUAUCCAUGACAGCCUCCUACCCAGCACUAGCUGGGAACCAAGCAGCAGCAGCAGCACAGCUUCUACCCCUGUACCUACCAUAACUACAUGGGCCAGUUCAUCCACUACAGUGGUUAGUGUCCCUAACGAGACCCAACCCACAAUAGGCUAUUCUAGUUGAACCACAACUUCCACUCAAACCUCCACUCCCAGUUCUACUACCCCUACCACUGCCAGCCUUUCUCCGGAAACCCACCCACAGUUCACCACAGCCUCUACGAUAACCAAGCCCUUCUCCAACAUUGCUGCUAUACUGAGUCAUUUUGACAGCAGUAAACAGUAUCCCAAUGAAACCAAAGGCUAUGUCAGCAGGAACCACACUUCUGAAGGGGAGCCCAGCACUGUCACCAUUCUGGGAGGUGGCUAUGGAC